AAACAUGUAUUAAAAAAAAUAUUUUCACUAUAUAUUUUUUCAGUCAAAUAUACAGCAGGUCACACUGACCCAUGAAUGUUUUUGGUUUAGCAACAAAACUAACGAGUAAAAACACAACCUAUAAAGGUUUUAUGACAACAAAUGGAAUGAAUCAUUUCACUAUCACAUUAUUCCCUAUGGAAGAAAUUGUUUCUGAAAGCAUCUUGAAAGUCAACACAUCUCGGAAACGACUGCGUUUGUUUUGGAUACCAUUAAAUAGUGCCACAGAAUAACAUACAAAUCACCCAAAACAACAUCCAAAUCCAAACGGUCAUCGAGGCAGAGAGCUAGAAAACAGAAGGACGCUGCUCAGAAGGCUUAUCCUUCCCGUAACCGUGACGACAAGAAUGCCGGCAGUCUAUUGAUCCACAGUGAGACAGCAAACACUUUUAGGGGGAAAAUGACACGACGUGAGCUGCGAACAAGUCAGGCCGCUUUCCAUCGGCUGACCUGACUCAAAUCCAAUCGGAGGUGGGAGGGGGCUUGUGUCUAUAAAAGGAACAUGUUCCCUGGAUGCGAGCGGAUGACGCAGGCCGCGUGCUCGGCGUGGGAGGAUAAAAGUCCACAUUCGGCUCUGCUCGGCACGCACAUGGCCACGCCAGCGAGCCCAGCUCACACGUCCUGAUAUCGAUGACGAGCGAACCCAGGCGAAGAUGAACACCACCGAGAGGUUCCACCUUCCCGCUGAUGGCGUCCUCGAAAUGUUCAACACCCUCAGCGGGCAUCCUCUCCCGUCACGCCCGGCCCUCAGCCCCGGGGUCCAGCAGAAGCACCCAAAGAUGUCGCACCGGUCAAAGACAGGCAUGGGUCUCCUGGAGACAGUCAAAGGGCAAUGGAGGCAGCAGGACAAGAGAGGAACGCGGGAGGAGGACUCCGUCGCCGGCGAGGCACGGAGAUGCGCCGACGUGCCGGCUGCCGUCAAAGCCAGGAACUGUCACAGAAUUGUGGUGCUGGGCGCACCCGGGGUGGGCAAGACCAACAUGGUCAGGCGCUUCCUGGGGGAAGAAUUCCAAGAGAAGUACGAGGCCACGGCCGAGGACUUUCACAGGAAACUGUUCCACGUCGGCGCCGAGACGUACCAGGUGGAUCUCCUGGACGCCGCCAGGGAGAGAAACUUCCCGGCAAAACGGAGGCUUUCCAUACUCACAGGUGACAUCUUCCUGCUCGUCUUCAGUUUGGACAAGAAAGAGUCUUUCAGUGAAGUUUGCGAGCUGCUCAGUGAGAUCAGAGUCGCCAGGACAAAGUUGCUCAAGUCCAAACGUCCGCCGAGAUUGCCGGUCGUAGUUUGCGGCAACAAAGCGGACCUCGACGCUCAGAGAGUCGUCAGCCGCUCCGAUGUCACCGAGGCCUUGGCCCGGGACGUAGCCUUCUUCGAAACCUCGGCCAAGCGCGGCACGGCGCUGGAGGCCGUGUUCCGGGAGCUGGCCGUCAUGGGCGGCCUGCCCGACGCGACCGCGCCGUCGCGCCAUCGGCUCGUCUCCAUGGUGACCUACCAGUCGCUGUGCCAGCGCGGCCGCGGGCGGAGCCGCACGCCGGGGGAGGCCGCGCCCUGCGCCGCCGUCGACCCCUUGGCGCGGCGGCCCAGCUUCGGCAGCGACCUGCGGCUGGUGCUUGGAUCAAGCGCCAAAGCCAACAAACCCGAGAGGUGUCAGAUUCAAUGAAUCGCGAGCCCUCUCCACAGAAACCAAUUGUGGUAGUAUGCUACAAUGUUGCAUUAUGUAAGGAGUUAUACUCUAUAUAGCACUUGGCCGGACCAGUGCAUUCCUACUUUUUGUAUAUACUCUACAAUUUUUAAUAUCUCCAGCCAAAGGACAUGCAUGUAAAUGUUUCUUGAACACAUUGAUGAUGAUGAUGAUAAACAAAUAAAUAAAGAAGGAAAACAAGCUUAA